AUGGCAAGCGAAAAUGUCAUCCAUGGAAAAUUUGAGGUCAAGAUAGUUAGAAAAACCAUUGUCAAAGCAGCAGAUCCUUUACCAGAGAGGCAUAUUAUUUCCCUUUCAAAUCUUGACCUAUUAUCUGGCCGAUUUCCAGUGACAUACAUUUACUUCUAUAGUAAACCACAAAGCAUUCACUCGAUCAGUAAUACCCUGAUUGAAUCUCUUUCUCAAUGCCUCAGCCAUUUCUAUCCUUUUGCAGGUACGAUUUCUGAAAAUAAGAAAUCAGGCGAACCUGAGAUCAUCUGCGACAAUAGUGGAGCACUUGUCACAGAAGCACAAGCAAGCAUUCCGCUGAAGGAGUUUGACUUUUACAAUCUCAAUCAGUCUUUCCAAGGGAAACUAGUCUCCACCGAACACUUCUUUCCAGUGCAAGUCCAAAUCACAUCCUACAUCUGUGGAGGCAUAUCAAUGACGUUCACAUUUGACCAUGCACUAGGUGAUGCAAGUGCCUUCGGCAAGUUCCUGGUGACAUGGUCUGAGAUAGCCAUGAAAAAACCAAUAUCUUGUUCCCCAGAUCAUAGCAGAGGUCUUCUUGCCAGGCUCCCUCCCAGAUAUGAUCCGUCCUUGGAUGAAUCAUUCAUCACCUGCACCAUGGAAGACAUAUGCAACAUGCCUACAAUUAGUAUAUUGCUCAAACGCCUGUAUUAUAUAGAUUACUCAAACAUUGACAGAUUGCAAAGACUUGCCAACACAAAUGGGAAGAAAAGAACCAAAAUUGAGGCUUUCUCAGCUUAUAUAUGGCAAGUUAUGGCAAAAGUUGUCGACAAAAGCCAUAAUAAUUGCAGGAUGGGGUGGUUAGUCGACGGACGAACAAGAUUAUCCAAGAACCAAAACUCUAUGUCCAAUUACAUUGGUAAUAUGCUAUCUCUAGCUUUUGCAGAUUCAGAUAUCAAGAAUUUAAAGCAAGGAUCCAUUGCAGAUAUAGCAGAAAUAGUUCACAAAGCAAUUACUACAGUAACUAAUGAAGCACAUUUUAGGAAUCUGAUUGAUUGGGUGGAGUGCCACAGACCUGGACUGAUGUUAGCAAAGAGUGUUCUCGGUCUCAUGGGGCCAACAAUCGUAAUAUCAUCAGGUAGAAGAUUCCCAGUUGCUGAAUUAGACUUUGGAUUUGGGAGUCCAGUUCUUGGAACAGCCUGUUCGACCAUAGAAAGGCUAGGAGUGGGUUAUUUAAAUCAGAGGCAAAGUGCUAGAGGAGAUGGGUCAUGGACUGUCUCAGCAAUCUUAUGGCCGGAGAUGGUUGAGGCACUUGAGUUGGAUCCUAACCACAUAGUUCAGCCAAUGAAUCUCAACCAUAUUCUUCCGUGAUGCCUUUUUUGUCAUGAAUAUCUAAGUUACGAAAAUGGCUGUAGUAGUUGGUAAAUAGGGUACUCUUCACCCUCGUGUACUAAUUACUAUAUAAGACACAUCUGUCGUUUUCCGCGUCAGUUUUAUCA